AAACAAAAAUGGUGUCAAAGAGAACAAAUGACCAGGUUAAGGGCCUAACCUGGCCUAACCCAGAAAGCGGUUGUUGCAAGAAGAGACGAAUGCAGCAAAUGCAACCGUAGCUGAAGGGAGAGAGAGGCGUAAAGACGCGGCCAUUGAUUCUUGUUAGGCCCUUAUGGUCCUUGAAAGAGCUUGGAAUGGAGCAUUGGCAUUUUUUGUAAACAACGUAAAGGAAAGAAGCAGACGGGAGCUCGUUGCAUACGCUCGUUGCUCGAGCGUUCAAUCAGGUUGAACAUAGAGCUUUGAGAGUAGGAGAGGUCUGGAGCGAUGGGGACGGAUCGACGAGCAAAGAACCCUGUGCAGGCGUUUGUGUGGUGGGUGAAAAAGCAGCCCCCCAAAGUGAAGGCGCUCCUAGGGACCCUUGCGGGGAUUGUUGCUCUGAUCUUUCUGAGGUUGGUUGUGGAUGACCAUGACAACCUGUUUGUGGCGGCGGAGGCUAUUCAUGCGGUGGGAAUCGCUGUCCUGAUCUACAAGCUCAUGAAGGAAAAGACAUGCGCAGGCCUGUCUCUGAAGAGCCAGGAGCUGACGGCGAUCUUCUUGGCGACGCGGCUCUACUGCAGCGUGGUCAUGGAGUACGACAUCCACACGAUCCUGGACUUGUGCACUUUCGCGACCACCGGAUGGGUCAUCUACAUGAUGCGCUUCAAGCUCAGGGCCACGCUCAUGAACGACCUCGACAACCUCAAGCUCUACUAUGUUCUACUUCCGUGCCUGGCGCUGGCGGCUCUGGUGCAUCCAAGCACGAGCCACAACCUGGUGAACCGGAUACUGUGGGCCUUCUGCGUCUACCUCGAGGCGGUCAGCGUGCUGCCACAGCUGCGGGUGAUGCAAAAUACCAAGGUGGUAGAGCCUUUCACCGCGCACUACGUCUUUGCGCUCGGCAUCGCAAGGUUCCUCAGUUGCGCGCACUGGGUGCUGCAGGUGAUUGACGGGAACAGCUUCCUGCUGACGGUGCUGGGCACGGGGCUUUGGCCGGUCGCGGUGCUGCUAAGCGAGAUCGUGCAGACCUUCAUUCUGGCGGACUUCUGCUACUACUACGUCAAGAGUCUCGUGGAGGGUCAAAUGAUGGUCCGGCUACCAUCAGGCAUUGUCUAAAGGGUUUGGAAAGACGAGAGAAACAGAAUUUUGGGGCGACAUUGAGGAAAAGCAGAACUUUGUAGGGGUUCGCCGUCUGCCUGUGCUGAAAUGUUGAGAAACUUGGUCUUGAACGUGGAUCGACUUUCGAAGACAUAUCCGAGCUACUUUUGCGGAAUCCAUCACAAAGUCGGGAACUCAUACAUUUGCCACCUGUCAACUUUGCAGCACAAUUGAAGGCCAAAUGCUUGUCCGGCUACCCACAUAGGCGAAAGUCGGGAUAUGGUAGAUCGGGCUAGCUUUCCCAUCACGAGGUACGUAGGACGAGAUUGCCUGCCUAAAAAAGUUUGAAACUACUACGGACGAGAGAAUGAAAUGCUAGUCUGGCUUCAGUUAACGUCACUUGAAACCAUCGACACGGGUGCCUACCGAAUCACACGAUUCUUGAAUCAUGCGAACAUUUAUUGAGGGUCACGAUCACAG